UGCGUCAUACUUAUCACUUAUGAAUCAGCUGAUGAAGAAGGAUUGUUGCUGGAAAUUUCAACAGUAUUGGAGAAAAAGUUAAAAAAGUAUGUCGUUAAACACAGCGCACGCGAACGGCGGCGUUCUAAUACACGCUGGAGAACGCAUGCUAUUAUACUGUGACAAUGUCACCGUGGAAUUCCAUGGACAAGAACAAGCAGAAUUUAUUGGUACCAAACGUGGUAGUUUAUGUUUGACUACACACAGAAUGAUUUUUAAUGCUAAAGAUCAGAAAGAAAAGAUGCAAUCGUUUAGCUUCCCAUUUGUAACACUGAGAGAGGUUGAAAUAGAGCAACCAAUGUUUGGUGCUAAUUACAUCAAAGGUAAAUGCCGGGCUCAACCUAAUGGCAAUUGGAUUGGAGAAUGCAAAUUUAAAUUGAAUUUCAAAAGUGGUGGUGCAAUAGAAUUUGGUGGGGCUAUGGUAAGAGCAGCAGCAAUGGCUCAACGUAAUGGACCUGCAAAUGAUGAUCCACCACCAUAUCAACCACCAACGUCAAAUUGGUAUGCAGCACCACCACCUGCUUAUCAAGCAGCACCAACUGGUUAUUAUGGUUGGUUACCACGCAAUGAUGCAUUUUCAGAUGCACCACCAGCAAACACUGUAUAUAUGACCGAUAUGCCACCUCCAUAUCCUGGUAUAAAUACACCUUAUCAAGGAUAUGCAAAUGCACCAUCAGAAGGUGCAUGGGGUAGUUCCAGUCAACAAUCUGGUUGGACACCACCUCAACAAAAUGGAGCACCUGGAUGGGCUAAUCCAAGUUAUAAUGCCCAACCAAUGUCCCAAGCAGGUGCGUAUCCAAACUAUGGACAGCCAGCAUAUAACAAUUAUCCACAAAAUCCUCCAUCAUAUACUCCAUAUUCUCAAGGUAAUAAUUAUGCACAAUCUGGCUAUUAUCCGCAACAAAAUCCUUACCAUCCCUAUCCCUCCAAUUACUAAUUGUAAAAUGUAUGAGGCUACAUCUUUUAUGUAUGCAUGUUCAUAUCACACUUUAUGUGAAUAAUGAUUAAAUUUUUGAAGUAAUCUUUAAAAUAAAUUAUAAUAAAUGAAAUUCUAUAUAUCAAUUGUUAAAAGCGCAAAAAGAAAAACACGAGUACACUUAUAUAUUGUAUUAUUCUUUAUAACAUAUACAAAAAUCACAUGAUGUAACAUACA